AUGGGCUCCUUGUUCAGCGGGCUCUGGUCCCUCUUCAACCCGUCCCGCCACUACAAGCUGCUGAUCCUGGGCCUCAACAAUGCCGGCAAGACGUCUAUUCUCUACUACCUGCAGCUCGGGCACGCCAUCACGACCCAGCCGACGCUGGGCGGCAACGCGGAGACGCUGGACGUCACCCAUGGCGCAAACAACAAGACCAUUCAAAUCACCUGCUGGGACCUCGGCGGGCAGGAGCAGCUGCGUGACUCGUGGUCGCUCUACUACGACCAGACGGACGCCGUCAUAUUCGUGGUGGACGCCGCUGACGCCGCGCGCUUCCCCACGGCGCGGAAGGUGCUGCAUGGGCUCCUGAACGAAGAGCCCCGCCUUCGACAAGCGGUGCUGCUGGUGCUGGCAAACAAGCAGGACGUGCCGGGGGCGGCGAGUCCGGUAGAACUUAUGGAGGCGCUCGGUUUGGCGGCGGUGCAGGACCGCACGUGGACCUUGAUGGGGUGCAGCGCGGCGACCGGUGCGUCUCUGCGGGAGGCGAUGGCGUGGGUGGCGCAGAAGGUGUCGGAGCCUGCGGCCGGCGCAGUGUGA